AUGCAUUGCGCGAUGCGCUAUUUUUGCUUGGGCUGGCUGGUGGUUGCGGCAGUGGGGCAGUCGUGCCUCCACCAGGAGUGUGAGGAUGGCGCCUUGCUACAGCUUUCGCACGGACUUGCCCAAAAUUCCACCCAGGUCGCCAAGCAGGUGGGAGAUGAGUGCACCUCCGAUGCGGAGUGUGAGACUGGCAUUUGUGCACUCACCUGGUAUGGCUUUGCCAGCCGGGAAUACGCUGGCGACUUCUUCGAUGGAUACGCGCUGAAGGCCUGCCAGCUCAAGUUGCAGGAGUUCAAGAUUGAGCUCACCCGGAAGCGGAACAUCAAAGGAAGCAAGACCGCCUCCGCCAAGUAUAGGCCAAUUUUGCAGGAUGCCAAGAAGGCCUGGGAAUCCAUCAUCCGCGGCCGGUCGCUGAACGCGCCGCCGCGUGCGGGGACGAGCCUGACGAUUCAGUAUGCUUUUCCGAGCGCGAAGGAAUUCAGCAAGAAGUAUUGCAGCUGCAACGCUUGCUGUAACAACAUGGCCGGUUCCUCCGGCCCAAUGGUGUUCUUCCAAGCAGACCCUGGACUCUCAGGACUUCGAGGAGUGGUCAGCACAGCUGAAAUGGUGUUCAACACCAAGAAGCUGAACAAGUACCGCGGGAAGAUCGCUUUCAUCCGAGCGCUUUUUUUUGCGUGA